GGCUGGUGUUUUGCAAAUGAGGCCUUCUCCAGUUGCCUGAAAGUUUUUAGUAGCCGCCUGGUUAAUAGUGGACCGGCCGGGCUAACCGAUUUGCACGACUUGCUAACGUGAGAAGUGCCGGACACGGGAAAGCCGGAACCCGGGAUAUUGCAAUGGAUCAAUAAAGUUUUCCAAAUAAGGUUCAGGAAUUCUUGGAGAAGCAAUAAUGAAGGAGCAUUUUGGAUUGUUUAUCUCCUGGUUACCUAUUGGAUAUUAUUCUCUGUGACAUCUGCAUCUGAGCCUCUACAAUACUUAUCCUUGGUGAAGAUGAGAACGCCUACUCCUGUCAAGUAGAGCACUUUUAUUGCACCAGAUAGUUGCCGUGUCAUCAAGUCAACAGAUGCAGGGUCAAGCAUUUACUCUGGUGUAUCUUGGUUAGUGAAGUGGAGCCAUAACAUUGCAUUCACGCAUGUGAACCAAGCUCUCCUUGAAGGGAAUAAAUAAAUAAAAAAAAUUAAAUCCCUUGCUUAUUACCUGACAAUGUUUAAAAUUACAUCGAACGAAGAUAAAGAGACAAAGUCGUGCUUUAAACAUGCUGAAAGUAACACAAAGCCCUUGCUUUAUAGAUGUAAUUCUGACAUAGUAAUGACAAGUACUUCUGUACAAAGUCUUCAUGAUGGGAUGGCUAUGAAGCUGGGAAAAUGGCGAAAAUUUGAAGAACCAGAAGUCUCAAAAGUUACAGUUAAUGAAUCAUCAGAUGAACUUAAAUUCUACCAUGAACAACCGAAAAUGGAACUUAAGUGUAGCCUCUGCACUGACACAUUUCGUUACGUCUCUGAGCUAAUGUUUCAUGAGCAAUCCCACAAUGUCACAGACAACUUUGAGUGCCAGCUUUGCAGCAGGCAGUUCCAGAGUGCAUCUAAUCUGAAAGAUCAUUAUAAUGUGCAUACAGGUGAGCGUCCCUACAAGUGUGAGUUAUGUGCCAAGGCCUUUACCCAAUCUUCUACUCUCUUAACUCAUAAACGCACUCACACAGUGGAAAAAAUCUAUAUGUGUGAUGUUUGUUCACGACCAUUCAAAGAUGCUUCAAAUUUUAUAAAACACAGGCGACUACAUGGUCCGGCACAGGAGCAUUCCCAGCUAAGAAAUCAAAUCCUAUCUGAUAAACCAUAUGCGUGUUCAUAUUGUGAAAAAUCUUUUAAACGCACUUCAGAUCUUAAAGACCAUGAACGUGUCCACACUGGAGAAAGGCCGUAUCGCUGUAGGAUUUGUGAUAAGUGUUUUACUCAGUCUUCUGUAUUGACUGGUCAUAUGCGUAUUCAUACAGGUGAGAGGCCCUUUCAUUGUGAGAUCUGUGGCAAGACCUUUAACAACUCUUCCAAUUUUAAGAAACAUCAGCGCACACACACUAUACGGGACAUGAUGGAAACUGUUGCACAAGAUGACCUUUUUUCACACCACAAACAGCCCCUUCGAAAUAAGAAUGACACCGGGUAUUUUAAGGGUUUAAAUACUGUCUUCCAUCACAAAAGAGUGAGUUCAAAUCACGGUAUGGCAUUUCCAAAGAUAACUAUGAGUGAAGAAUAUUGCAGAUUAGUUGCAGAGAAAGCCGCUGAGGAAAUUGGUGACUUACAUAGUUCAAAUGGGAUUCAAGUCCUACAUUCUGGGAUGACAAAACUUUCAAAGAAAAGAGAUGACAAGUCUCCUGAAGCAAAACAUUGUGAGAGUAGGCCCUUGGUUUUUUUUCAUGAUUCAUUGGCAAUAGAUGAAUGCUCAGAUUUGAAACAUUACCACUGUAUUAUAACUGACGACAAAUGCUCACAGAAGGACAAUUUAGAGAACCAAAUAAAGCUGAAAUCAAGAAGUACUCAAAAUAUUAAUUUGUGUGAUGAUGAUUUACCUAGAGAUGUAAAGGAUGAAGAUGAGUUAGAUUCACAAAUAGAUGAAAGUGAUCUCACUGAAUGCUCUCUUAAGAAUCUGAUUAAAGAUCCCAAAGUGACUAAAAGUGACACAGAGUCUUCGUACUUUCUUAAUGUAGGUUUUGAAAUAAAUCCUGCUGCUUCAUCGCCCCAAUGUAAAAUGCAAAGUAAUCCUGAAGAUAAUAUAAUUGGCAAUGGCACAAACCAAGAUGAAUGUGAAAACAUGUCAGAUGGAAGGACUGUAAGAACCUGGGAUUUUGAGUCUGUUGAGCAUUUUAAUGAACUAGAUGAUACUCUGUUACUUGAGACUGAUGCUAAACCUUAUAUUUGUUUUGUUUGUUCCAAACGUUUUAAAAGAGCUACAGACCUAAAGGAACAUCUAAGAGUUCAUACAGGUGAAAGGCCGUUUGUCUGCCAGGUAUGCGGUAAAGGAUUCACGCAGUCCUCUGCUCUUUCCAGUCACCAGCGUAUUCAUACUGGGGAGAAACCCUUCCAAUGUGAUGUGUGCUAUAAACGUUUCAACAACUCUUCUAACUUUUCUAAACAUAAACGAGUGCACACAGGGGAGCGACCACAUAACUGUCCACUCUGUGGCAAGAGCUUUCAAGAAAAGCGCAGAGUGAAACGCCACUUGAAAGCUGUUCAUCAUCAAGAAUAAGGAGGUUGUUUGCCUCAUCUGUACACAUUUACAAUACAUAUUGAGCCUUUCGAGAAAGCUUCAUGAUGGUAUUGUUUUUGAAAUGUUCUCUUGUUAAUAUGUUACAGAAAAGAAAUAAUUCAGAAAAACGCCAAUAAUUGACAUCACUUGAAAACCUUGAACUAUAGCACGCUAC